CCACAGUAAAUAAUGCAAUAAAGUGAGUAGACCCAUUCUCAUAAGAGUUUCUGGGCUCUAAUCUCUAGGACGCCAUGGCUAGAGUCCUCGUUAAGUUCUUCAUUAUCUUCUUUAUUUCGUACGCCAUUGGUGUAGCAGUAAUAGUCAUAACUGCUGAGCUCUGCAGGCAAAAGAACCAGGCACUGAGAGAGUCAGGCAAUGCCUCUGCUACUAUAAGCAGGAGUAAUGAUGAAGCUGACAUAUUAUACAGCCAUACAAGGGGAAGAAACAAGGACAGCAGAUAUACAUUACCUUCUGAUAGUCACCUUCAUAGUGAAGGGAGAGACAUAUCACAAGGGAUCGGAUUCUAUUAUAGACACUUUGUCUUUGAUUACAAGACUGACUCGGAGCCGAUUGUCAUUACUCUAUUCAAUUACCGCAACCAUACUGAAAGCCCACCACAGCAAGCCAAAGAUUAAUAUCUACUUUUUAUAAUCCUGAAAUCCUCUCGUUAUUAUCUACUUAAUCCGGAUAGUUUCAGCAAAGAACAAAAAUGUAUCAUUUAUAUAUUACACAAUAUAAUUAUGACAACAUAUGUAAUUAUUACUAUUAUACACCAAUUAUCAGUUUCAUGAUUUUCCUCUCUCUGAAUGGUAAAAAAAAACAUUAAAAAAUU